AUGAAAGAGAUAAUUUUCUUGCUGCUCCUGUUACAAGGGAGCAGCACUGAAUUUAACCCUCUAGGAAAACUCUGGACCACAGGACAAGGUGAUGAAACCCAGACAAGUCACUCAGACUGGACUCCAUCUUUGACCACAAUUAGGGGGUCUCUCCAUUCUGAAAUCCAAGCUGCCAAAGCAAGUACCUCACAAGGACCUCCUUUUGCAUCUGCAGGGGAGACGCUGGGAAUGAGAGCAGAGAAGAAAUCUUCUAGUCCUACAAUACCUACCCCUGCAAGUCAGUCAAAUGGACACAGUGAUGGUGACUCUGGCAGAGACAAGAUGGGAAGCUCAUCUCACAGCAAAGGGACAACCCUGCAAAGCUCUGCUAGAGGGAUCCCUCUCCUUCAAGGGGUCCCUGCAAGCCUGGAUACAGCCAUGGGGAACAGAUCUGUCAAGCAGCUCUCUCACAGCACUGGUAUCACCAGGAGCCAGCAGGAUGCCAACUCCAAAGCAUCCGGCUUUGAAACUACCAGGGGAAAAAACUGGUGUGCUUAUGUCCAUACCAGACUCAUACCUACAGUUGUGGUGGACAACCUGGAAACCUUCUCAUCAGGCAGAGCAAAGCCUUGCACUUGGCAAAUUGGAUCCUGUGCUCAGAGGUCCCAGACAACAACACACCAGUCUUACAGAAUCAAACAUAAAAUAGUGACAUCGCUGGAGUGGAAGUGCUGUCCUGGGUACAGUGGGCAAAACUGCCAACCCAAAGCUCAAGAGCAGCAAUCUGUUCUACACAGCAACCAGGCUGAAAGCAGCAGAACUGUCAGUGAGAGGACACCAGGAGCUCUGCAGGACCCCAGUGGGCCAGCACUUUUUCAAAAAAUGAACGAGAAGAUUAGCAGUCAGGAGGUGAAACUGACUUUUCUGCAGAAGAAGGUUGACAGCAUUGCUGCUACGAUGAAUGAUGUGAGCAAGAUGCUUUCUUCUCUGGAAGGCAAAAUCAAUGAAGAUAAGGGCAGAGACGUCCAGUCUUUUCUAAAAGGUCUCAAAUCCAGAAGUAUUAAUGACUUAAUCAAAGACAUAGUUGGACAACAUUUUCAAGUGUUUCAAGGUGAAAUGCAAGAGAGCAUGGCUCAAAUUUUCAAGACUAUGUCUAGUAUGUUAGGUGACCUUGAAAAUACAAAAGAAUUAGUCAAGCAUCUGAAUGAAACCCAAAAUAAAUUUGCUCAGGAGAAAGAUAGUGGGCCAACAGAACUUGACAUUCUGGAGAUGAAGAGUCAUAUGGUGCAGAUGAGAGAGGAUAUGGCCCUCAGUUGUGACAAACCUGUGAAAGCAUUACAAGAAAAACAGAAGUCCUUGGAAGCUAACUUGGAGCAUCAACAGUCAAGAAGUGUAAUUUAUUAUCAAUCUUUAAAUAGGACCCUUACUGAAAUGAGAGAUGCUCAUGAACGUCUGUUAUCAGCAGAACAGUCUUCAGGACAGAACCUCCCCUCAGCAGAUAAAGUCAUGGAGUACAAUGUUACAGAGUACAUGAUUACACUGCAUGAGAAAGUAAAGAGACAAGGCAUGAUGGUGCUGGAGAUCUAUGAUGAUUUAAGAGUCCAAGACAGCAAGAUCAGCAAUCUCAGUGUUGCACUGGAGAUUCAGAGAGACUCUGUUCUGGGGGUCUGUGAUGACAUGUUGUCAGAGAGCAGGACAGAUUUCCAAGCACGACUGGCAGCAGUCCAGGAGAGUGUGAUUGUUCUAAACAAGAGUCUCUCUGAGGUGUUCCUUCCAUUGGGAUAUAAGAUGGACAGAAUGAAUGAGCAAAUUAAUGACUUGAGCUAUGAUAUGGAGAUACUGCAACCUUUGAUUGAACAAGGGGUACCUUUUAGUCUGACUUCAGAGUAUGAACAACAAAUCCAAGCUAAAGAAUUCAAAGGGAAACUUGAAAACCUCACUGUUGUCAUUGACAGAAUGAGUUCUGCAAUGAAGGAACUUUCCAAAACGCAGGAAGGACAUAAAAAUGAAUCCCAGGCUUAUCAUGAACUGUUUGAGAGCCGUAUUAAUGAAUGCUCCAUGGAAAUAGAGGAUGGAUUAAACAAGACCAUGAUAGUAGUAAACAAUGCUAUUGAUUCUAUUCAAGAUAAUUAUGUACUGAAAGACAUGCUACAUGCUCUAAGAAAUGAGACUGAAGUUCGCUGUAGUAGAGCUGAGGAGCUGGACAGACUUCUGGCUUUUAUUCCCCAAUUCCAACAGUUGAAUGAAUCCCUCCAGUCACUGCUUUAUAGCAAGAGAUACGAUAUUACUUCUCAAGUAGCAUCAUCUCUUUUGGAUCUUCCAUACAAGGAGUCUGACAAAAGUGUCCUCCUCAAUUUCAGAAGAGUUUUCUAUGUUUUAAAUGAUAUGUCAUCAAAAGUGGAAAAGCAGCAACAAGAUAUCGGCCGCCUGGAAGAAAAAUUAUUGGACUUUGUAGAGGGUUCAAAGGACCAUGAGAUUCGCCUUCUGAAUGUAGAGUCGAAAAUUUCCAAGUUUUUGGCAAACAACUGUGUCUCACUAAAACAAACCAAAGCUGCCUCAACAGAGAAAGAACAGGUGGUCUCACUUCAGCUCCAGGCAUUGAGUUCCAGGAUCAAGGCGCUGGAAGCCAAGUCGAUCCGUUUCUCAAAUGUCAUUCCACUUGUGAACAAGACUGCUCAUGAGGCCUGGGGGCUGUCCCAGGAUGCCAACAACAGCAUCCAGAAAGUGAACGCAAGCAUACCUGUUCUAAUUAAAUUGGCUCAGCCAGAUAUCCCCCUGCUGCAGAGAGGCCUCAAGGAGCUCAUUGAAUCUGUGCUAGAAGUAAAAGCAGGAACUAUUUUGACAAAUUUAACCCAGCAUGUUGACAUAUUGAUGGUAAAUGCAAUGAACAAUAUCACCAAGUUUCAGAAGCAGUUGAAACCAGUUCUAAAGAAACCCUCCCUAGCAAAAAAAGUGGCAGGAAAUGCCACCAUGAGCCUGGCAAGCCGAAGCCAGAGAAACACGGAUAAUGCAAUAGAUCCAGGGCAGUUUUCAGCGUGUGCCAGUUCCCCGUGCCAGAAUGGAGGAACCUGUGUCAAUGACAGACUGGGUUUUGUCUGUGCCUGUCGCCACCCCUUUGGAGGAGUCAACUGUAGUGUGAAGCUGGUGAACGACAAUUCCCUGAGUGUUGAUUUUUCAAAAGGAUCAUACAGAUACGCACCUAUGGUGGCUUUUUUUGCUUCUCAUACGUAUGGAAUGACAACUCCAGGACCCAUCAGAUUUAACAAUCUGGAUGUCAACUAUGGUGCCUCAUUUGCCCCUGCAACUGGGAAGUUCCAUGUUCCAUACCUGGGGGUCUAUGUUUUUGAAUACACCAUUGAAUCAUUUAGUCCACGUGCCUCUGGCUAUCUGGUCAUUGAUGGAAUAGACAAACUCACUUUUCAGGCUGAAAAUAUUAAUAACAACAAGUACACCGACAGAGUAAUUACUGGCAAUGCUUUAUUAGAGUUAAAUUAUGGUCAGGAAGUCUGGCUCAGACUGGCAACUGGCUCUAUAGCAGCCAAGUAUCCACCAGUAACUACAUUUAGUGGUUACUUGCUGUAUCGUACCUAA